GCCUUCGUUCACAGACGAGUAGGCGAACUCGCUUUGACCCUGCACGACAGCUAUCUUAUCACCUUAUUGAAACAAGACGUGGUUGCGUCUGACAGCAACUAAUCGAUCAUGACGAACAGCGAAGGCAAAUACCGCGCACAGUCGUACCGCUUCGAUACGUCGUCAGCCUCAACUAGCACCAUCCCAGACCGCGACGAACAUGCGUUGUGGUUCGCAGACGGCAACGUGGUCGUCGUUGCUCAGGACACGUAUUUCCGCGUCCACCAGGGGGUGCUAGCCCUCAAUUCGCCCAUCUUCAGGGAUAUCCUUGGAGACAUCGACUAUGCUCAGGUUCGAUCGAAAAAAAUUGGGGUCACAAUCGAUCGAGACGAGACAGGUGCAGACGGUACAGUCAUCCGGCUUUCCGACUCCGCCCACGACUUCGAGCACCUCCUGCGCAUCUUCUACCAAGGCUUCGACUAUUUGAACACUACUCGCCCGGAUGAUUUCGCCGACCUCGCAGCAGCAGCGCGCCUCGCGCACAAAUACGACAUCUCCCGGGUCCUCAACGAAGCCACCGCCCGCCUCCAGCAGCUGUUCCCUCCCUCAUUCGAAGCCUGGGACGCGAACGCAAAAAUCCGUGCGUCCAAGCGCUUCCGUCCUGAGGAUGCCAUCGAGGCUGUUAAUCUCUGCCGCGCACUCGGCAGGCGGGAUGGGGGCGACGACAUGUUACCCGCCGCGCUCUACCUCUGCAGCCAGCUCGAGCCUGGGAAGCUCCUCCGCGGGCACCGCCGGGCGGAUAAGACGCUCGAGAAACUCGACAUGGACGAUGUCGAGCUCUGUCUGGACCUGAAGAAGACGUUUGUAGAGAACGCAGCGGACAUGGCGGUGAAGCUGCAUGCGGGAAACGUGAGCGAGAAUUGCCGUGGUGACUUUUGGAAGAACACAUGCAGGUCGCUUCUUGCCCAGGUUAGGCAGGGAUCCAUGAUGUCGAUGGUGUUCAAGGACGCGUUGGGCGGAGACCCGCUAGGGGAGUCGCUGAGGGAGGGGAUCGACACGAUGGAAGAGGUAGGCUUGUGCGCUAAUUGCGCAAGGAUGCUGCGGAAUAGGGAACGGGAUCUUCGGAAGGGCUUUUGGGAAAAGCUCCCGGGUCUGGUAGGCGUGAAGGUGGAGGCCUAAGGACUCGGGAGCGGGUCUGUGGAACACGCUCGUCCUCCC